AUGAGGAAAGAGUUAGAUGAAGUCAAGAAUGCCAUGAAGGGAAAGACAGCGAUAAAUCUUGAUGGCAUGAUCAAGAGGAUAGACUCACCCUUCACUACCAGCAUUUUGGAGUGUCCCUUACCUCCCAAAUUUCAUCUCCCACAGCUAGAGGUUUAUGAUGGCAACAAGGAUCCCCUAGAUCACAUAGGGGCAUUCAAGACGAUAUUAAACCUCCAACAGACCUCAGGCAAGGUGAUUUGCAGAUCUCUCCCAGCAACCCUCAGAGGAGUAGCAAAAGUGUGGUUUAGCAAGCUGCCCGCAGCAUCUAUUGCAAACUUUGAGCAGCUGAGCGACUCUUUUGUCCGCCAUUUCAUUGGGGGCCAAAGCCAUAAGAGGCCCACCUUAUACGUGCUAACUGUGAAGCAACAAGAAGGGGAAACCUUGAGAGAGUAUGUAAAACGCUUCAACAAAGCAGUGUUUGAAAUUGACGAGGCAGGCAAUCAGGUGAUAAUGAUGACCUUCCAAGCAGGGUUGAACAAUCUUGACCUUGUCUUCUCUCUAGGAAAGAUUCCACCAACCUUGAUGACAGAUCUGUUGUUCAAAGUACAGAAGUAUAUGAAUGGAAAAGAUACAUUAACUGCAAAGGGAUUGAUGGGCAAACGGAAGAAAGAAGAGAAUGCUGAGUCGUAG